AGAUACACAUAAAUCAUGAAAUCAUAUUCGAAAUCAUUUUAUAGCUUGGGUAAUGCUUUGUUUUGCUCUAGUUCCUGUUUAUUUACAAAAUUGAGAAAAUGCAUUUCAUUGCAACCUAAAUAUAUAUAUAUAGCAGAGAGGCAAAAACUGAGAGACACAUGGUGUAUCUACUCUAUUACUUAUUGUCAAGUUAAAAUUUUUAAAUCAUACAUCUACACAUCCCUAACCCAUCUACCCCGUAUACAGAAUGGUGAGGUUUGCAUUUCCAUCUUACAUUCGCCCGUAAAUGACCCACAAAGUGGUGAAUUACCCUCGGAGAGAUGGAACCCAACACAAACUGUAAGAACGAUUUUACUGAGUGUAAUAUCUCUAUUGAACGAACCCAACACAUAUUCCCCUGCUAACGUGGAUGCAUCAGUCAUGUACAGGAGGUGGAAGAAUUCUAAAGGUUCCGAUAAAGAAUACGAGGAUAUAAUUAGGAAACAAGUUCAAGACUCGCGUAAGGAUGCGGAGAGAGAGGGCGUGGUCGUUCCUAUGACGGUGUCAGAGUAUUGCAUCAAGACACGCCUACCAAGCAAAGAUUCCACCGCUUCGAACGAUAUUACCGACAUUUUUUUUGACCGACGAUGACGGAGAGACGAUUAUGGGAUGAAUGAGGAUUACGAAUAUGAUGACGAUGAUGACAAUGAAGACUAUGGGGAUGAUGAUAGCGGCGCACAUGAUGAGAAUUAGACUAAGCUGAAAGUAUGGGUUGCUCUCAUUCAAGGGUUAAGGCUUUGGACAAAACAUUUUAGCUUUCAGAUCAAUUAUUGUAAGUUUUUUUCAUUUCUUAUUUAAACAGGGGAUGGUUAAAUUAGUUUCUAUUCUUCUGUCUUUUCAAUUUUUCACUCGUCUUCUGAUUUAUGGACAUCGUUUCUGAAUCCUAAUGAUUUCUUGGUGACUUUUUGCCCUCAAAGCCAAGCUGCUAGCAAUUAAGUGGGGAAUAUUUCCACUGAGUGUGUUCUUUAGAGCGUUAUGCUCCAGUGUUGCACAUCUACACUUGCUUUUAUCGUUAACUUGUUUCUAAUGGGAAGUUUUUCGUUGUGCACACGCCCAAGAUUUUGGCUUGUAUGAAUUAUAAUUUAACAAAUAAACAACACACAUGGCAGGA